AUGGAUGUUGAUGCAGAUGGAUUUAGGCCUAUUUUUAGGAUAAAUGUAGUCGACAGGUCCUUUGAAGGACCAAUGAAUUCAUCACCGUCCCCACCUCGGUGCUGGACAGUCGACAAUGAUUUGAAUAAUUACAAGAGUGAUGGCGAUCAUCCUAUGAAUAUGGAAGAUGACUAUGUGCAUAUGAAAGAUGUUUCAUCAAACUUACAAGAUGUGGAAGAGGACUAUGGAGCAGCGGUGAGGCAGUCUUUUGAUUAUCGUAUGGAGAAGAGCUGCACCAAAUUGUUGAAGGAAAAAUGUCUAUCCCCUAGUUGUGGAUGGUUGUUGUGGGCAAGAAAGUACGAAACCUCGGACAUAUUUCACAUAUACAAGUAUGUCGGGAUGCAUACGUGUGGUGUUGAACAUGCCACCCGAAAGCAUAAGAAAAUGUCAUCUGAAUUGAUUGCUUCACUAUGCGUAAAUCAUUUUCGGGAUGGAAAUAGUCCAAGCAUAAGUGAAAUUCAAAGAAUUGUGUUCAAGGAGUUGCAUUGCCACGCAAGCUACUGGAUGUGUUGGAAUAAAAGUGUAAUUGCAAAGAACAUCAUUCACGGGACACCGGAGCAUGGAUAUGCUUGCUUGCCUGUUUUUCCCCAUAUGGUGGAGUUGUUGAAUCCAGGGUCUUCCUACUCUAUCAUGGGAUAUGCCCACAUGAGAAAGGUAAUUGUCGUCGAUGGCACAUAUUUGUAUAGAAAGUAUGGGGGCGUGUUACUGAGUGCAGUUGCACAAGACACUGAAAAUCACAUCUUUCCAAUUGUCUUUUGUGUCAUCGAUAAAGAGAACGAUGCUUCUUGGACCUUCUUCUUUCAGAAGUUGAAGUCUAUUGUAGAAGAUGAACCAUAUCUACAUGUCAUCUUCAAUAGGAACAUUAGCAUCACUAAUGCCUUCUCCCGUGUAUAUAGUCGUGCACAUCAUGGACUUUGCAUGAGACACCUCGCUGAAAAUCUCCAUGUAAAUCAACACUGUGGAGAACAUCUUUAUCUAUUCUACACCGAGGAAAAGGCAUAUUCCCUUGAUGAGUUUAGCAAGAAUUUUGAGAAAUUGAAGUAUAAUAGUCCCGAGGCAGCAUAUGUCCUUGAAAAUUUUAGGGAGCGAUAUGCUUAUGUCGAUGGUGAAAAGAACAUAUUUUUGCCUUGUACGGAAAAAAUCCUAAGGGAUAACAAGAGUGAGAGUGAUUCCUUGUAUAUGACUAAUCCAAAUGGGGUUCUCGACCAGUACGCGGUGUUCGACAAUGGUGUUAAUGCCAAGGUCAAUCUCUUCGAGAGGAGUUUUUCUUGUUAA